CAAAUCGUCUGUUGACCUGGAAUUGAAAGCAUAUCCUGCUCCGAAAAGUGAGGACGAUAACUGUGGUUCAAAGCUGGUAGAAGGGGUAGCACGCCGUACGACCAGUCCCUUAAAAUGCUCCAGUAAGCAGCCACUACUAACAACUUAGCAUUUGUAAAUAAGAAACGAUCCUUCCUCCCACUGGAUGAGCUGAAGGGAGACGCUCUGCAGUCGUACCAAGAACAAUCUCCGAGUUUUUUUGCUGUUGGUUUAUUGUUUUCUUUCUUUCUUUUUUAAAGUGCUCUGCUUUUGCAGGAAUAUUUUAGCGUCGUGAGAACAAGACUGGAGCUAUUUUUGAUUCGACUUCGCUUAAGUUUAAGUUUGUGGUGCUGCUAAGAGCACGUUCGAGUUUUGAUGCUAGUGUAAACCCAUUUAUCUGUCUGGACCAUCAAAGCGCUGAAGUGUGACAGAGUGACUGUUUGGAUUCCAGGAGAGCGAUGAGAAGAGCGUUCGGAUGCUCAGGCUCGUGGAAGAUAGCUCCUCGGUUUUAGGCUCCCCUUCGUCUCUUUAAAAAAAAAAAAAAAAAAAAUCCGUGUGGGCUAUUGCAGAUCCGUUUGGUUGGCGAAGGUCCUUAUCUGGACACAUUCAGUACCAGAUUUACUCCUCACCCCCUUCAACGAUCAAACAAGCCGGGAGCAGACCCUCGCUGUCCCACAGUAACGGAUUUCUUUUUGGACUGAGGCAGUUGAAUGGAUUUUCCGGUACACUGCUAAAAUUGGUUAAAACGAACUGUUCGAGAUUCAAAUAAUUUUUCGGUACCAGCUUACUCGUACUCGUAAAUGCUCCACUUUGAUCGUUGAUAAAGGAAUAUAUCUGUUUGGCGAUAUUCAAAAGCAAAGCGCUCUUGAUUUUGUUUCCUGAUUAUUUAUUGUGAUAUUUGAAUACGCUGGUGGAGAAAAUGAACGUGUAUCUCGUGUGCCUUUUCCUUACUUUGGAUAUAGCCACCGUGGCUUUCAGUCUGUCUACGUGCAGUACGCUGGACAUGGAUCAAUUCAAGAAAAAACGCAUCGAAGCCAUCCGAGGGCAGAUCCUGAGUAAGCUAAAACUCGCAGCCCCCCCAGAGGACUUCCCCGAACCCGAGGAGGUGUCCCGGGACAUCGUCUCUAUCUAUAACAGCACCCGGGACUUAUUGCAAGAAAAAGCGAACGAACGGGCGGCGACUUGCGAACGGCAGCGGAGCGAGGAGGAGUACUAUGCCAAAGAGGUGCAUAAGAUCGACAUGCAGCCCUUCUACCCGUCAGAGAAUGUUAUUUCUCCUACACUCUUCAACCCUUACUUCCGGCGGCUGACUUUUGAUGUGUCCUCUAUGGAGAAGAAUGCCUCCAACUUGGUGAAGGCAGAGCUCAGGAUCUUCCGUCUUCAAAACCCUGGGGCCCAAGUGUCUGAGCAACGAAUUGAGCUCUAUCAGAUUUUAGGAUAUAAAGAUCUGACAUCCCCAACACAGCGGUAUAUUGACAGCAAGGUAAUACGAACACAAACAGAGGGGGAGUGGUUAUCCUUUGAUGUUACAGAGGCAGUUAGUGAAUGGCUAAACCACAGAGACCGAAACAGUGGAUUCAAGAUCAGCCUGCACUGCCCAUGCUGCACCUUUGUACCAUCAAAUAACUACAUCAUUCCUAAUAAGAGUGAGGAGCUGGAGGCACGAUUUGCAGGUAUCGACGACAACCUAAUCCAUGGUCGUGACCUAAAGGUUUUUAGGAAGUGGCAGCACAGUGUUCGGGGUCCACAUCUUCUCCUCAUGUUGCUACCUUCAUACCGCCUGGAGUCCCAGUCCCAACAUAAGAACCAUCGAUCCAAGAGAGCUCUUGAUGCUGCCUACUGCUCCAAAAAUGUUCAGGAUAACUGCUGCUUACGAUCGCUCUACAUUGAUUUUAAGAGGGACCUGGGCUGGAGGUGGAUCCAUGAGCCCAAAGGCUAUGAGGCCAACUUUUGUGCAGGGGCCUGUCCAUAUCUGUGGAGUGCGGACACCCAGCAUUCCAAGGUGUUAGGUCUGUAUAACACCAUCAACCCUGAAGCAUCGGCAUCCCCCUGCUGUGUCUCCCAAGACCUGGAGCCUCUCACUAUCCUGUACUACAUCGGCAAGACCCCCAAAAUAGAACAGCUCUCAAAUAUGAAGGUCAAGUCCUGCAAGUGCAGCUAGAGGUCCUUAGAAAAUAAAUACUCUUCUUU